AUGAGUAAAAAUUUAAACAACACAUUAUCCACAAAUUUAUCCAAAGAUCUAGAAACAGAAGGUUUUGAUUUACAAGCAGGUGAAACAUGGAUUUAUCCGACAAAUUAUCCCGUUCGAGAAUACCAAUACAACAUUGUUCAAGAGGCAUUACUUAAAAACACUUUAGUUAGUUUGCCUACAGGUCUAGGCAAAACAUUUAUAGCAGCUGUAGUGAUGUUUAACUAUUUUCGAUGGUAUCCCCAGAGCAAAGUAAUAUUUAUGGCACCCACAAAACCCCUGGUAAAGCAACAAAUAGAUGCUUGCUAUGAUAUUAUGGCCAUACCAAAAGAGUGUACUGUGGAAAUCACUGGGGCCAAAAUAUCCACUUCCAGAGAAGAUACGUGGAAAGAAAAAAGAGUGUUUUUCAUUACUCCUCAAAUUCUGCAAAACGAUUUAGAAAAGUUCAAAGAGUUAGCUCCUAAAAUAAAAUGUUUAGUGUUUGAUGAGGCCCACAGAGCUAGAGGCAAUCAUGCAUAUUGUGAAGUCAUAAGAAAACUUAACAGUUCCAACAAGUAUUUUAGAGUUUUGGCUCUAAGUGCUACACCUGGUGGAACAAUAAAUGAUGUUUUAGAGGUUGUUCAAAAUUUACUGAUUUCACAUCUAGAAUUCCGCACAGAAGAGAGUGCAGAUGUAAGCCCUUAUGUUUUUCAAAGAAAUUUGACAACAGUAGUUGUUCCUUUGGGUACUAAGUUACAGGAAGUAAAAGAUUCAUAUAUGAAAGUUUUAGAAUAUUAUACAAGGACUCUUAUAAGAUACAAAGUUAUUCAGGGGAACUGUGCAAACUUGACUAAAGGAAAAAUUUUCAUUCUUAUGAAAAAUUAUCAACAAAAUGCUCGUGGGACAAGUCCAAAUUAUGCAGAAAUUAUGAAAAGCUUAAACAUCUGCAUAACCCUCUAUCAUGCAUCUGAACUAUUGAUUAGACACGGUUUAAGAAGUUUUUUGACAUUUUUUGAAGAACAUAUCGAUAAACCACUGUUAAGAAAUAAUACUGACAUUAGAGAAAUCAUGGCAACUAUACGUGAACACAUGGGAUCUCUUCCUCAUAUUCAACAACUUCCUGAUGGUGAAUAUCCAGAAGUGCCACCAAAUGUCAAAUUUGGCCAUCCAAAGUUUUAUAACUUAAAGAGAUUUUACUAGAGCAUUUUAAUGAAACUGGUGAUUCUAGUAGAGUUAUUGUGUUCUUUGAGUAUAGGGAAUCUGUGAUGGAAGCUUUUGUACUACUAAUUCAGUCAAAACCAGUGUUGAAACCCAGGAUAUUUAUUGGGCAGGCAAAUGGAGUCAGUCAGAAAACACAAAUUAGUGUAGUGAAAGCCUUCAGGGAGGGCCGUUGUAACGUUCUCUUAUCCACAAGCAUAGGGGAAGAAGGCCUGGACGUCGGAGAAGUGGACCUGAUUGUAUGUUUCGACAUUUCCAACAAAUCUCCCAUUCGAAUGGUACAGAGAAUGGGACGAACCGGCCGAAAGAAAGAUGGUAAAAUUGUCGUUUUAGUUACAGAGGGAAAGGAGCAGCAGACUCUUAAGGAUUGUCUCAUUCAUAAGAAUAACGUGGCGUUUCAUGUUUUAGGAUCUAAAGUAUUGGCCAAAGGUUUGCACGGUGAGUGUCCACGAUUGAUUCCGGACGAUAUAACGCCCAAAUGUGAAAAGAUUUUUAUCACAGUGGAAGAUCCUGUUCCCAAAAAAGGUGGAAACCUUAAGGAUAUGUUGAAAAGUUGGUCGAGGAAAUCAUCAGAGCUAGCAUUUUCACCGGACCUCGAAAUCGUUGAAAUAGAAGAAAAGAUACCCCAACCUGAACUGUUUUCCGUAAAAGAAAAUCCUUUUGACGGAAACGUUGUUCCAAACAUUUUCAAUAAGAAAAUUGAAAAGCAGCGUAGUUUUCAAGAAAUACAUACUGUGGAACAUUCCAGUAACUGCGGAUUAUUGGUUUCUUUACUACAAAUGGCCGAAUCACGUCGGUUCAAUAUUCCGAUGUCACAAAUCGCAACAGCAACGCAAAAAAACAAAAACAUGAAACAAACUGACAUAAGAAACAUGUUUUUUAAAUCGCAAAGUGCCAGCGAUUUCAUCUUACCAUCAACUCAAGUAAUCGCAGAGUCCAUCCAAACGACCAAUACGGAAGACAAAAAUUUCGGAGAGCCUGAACUGUUCAGGGAACUCGCGGACUUUUUGUCGAUCCAACAGGAUAACUCCAGAAAAUGUACGCUAUGCCCCAGUCAGUUAAAUUGUGGAAAAAAUAAAUAUAAAACUCCAAACAAGUCUGCUUUUGCAUGGAUAGAACUAGAUGCUUCGGUGUACACAAACAUCACUGCAGAAGACUUGAAAGCUUUUGAAAAAAGCUUGCAUCCUGUUGCUGAUGGUAGUUUUCAGUUCGAUGAUAGCCUAAAUUUUAAAAUUCCUGAGACACCUGUGACUCAGACAACGCAAAAAGAGACUAAAGUCAUGGAGCUGGAAGAUUUAAUAGAUACAAGCAUUUUGGCAGACUUUUCCAACACUACAGCAAGUUUUAUGGCACCGAAGUCACUAAAUAACUUAUUAAAUAAAUAUAGUACUUCCUUAAUAGAUGAAAAUUUGCAAUUUCCUCUAUCAAAAGAUACUCAACAAACAGAAUACAAUAGCAAGAGUAGGUUAGAAGUUACUACAAUAAAAAAAGUUUUCUCUGAAGAAGAAACGAAGAAUAUUUUACAUUUUUUCAAAUUAGAAACUUUGGAAGACGUUUUCGAGGCGAAUAUUCCCGAUUCACAGGCCACUAUAACGUAUUCCCCGGAUAUUUUUGACAUAACUGAUGCAGCAAAUAAAAAUGUUAUUAUAGAAGACGAUAUUAUAAGCGAAGACUCAAAUUCACCGAUAAUAUGUUCUUACUUUAACAAAAAGAAAAAUGUGACUAUCAGAAAUUCACAAAUAGAGGCCACUUAUUCCCAAAAUUUAAGCAGUACUCCCCUAACACGUAAAACAACAGAAAAAAUUGUAGAUAAAUUGUCCCAAAGUUCAAACAAACCAUCUGGCAACACUGGAGAUCCAAAGAAAACUCCACCUGAAGACUUAAAGGAUUUCUUCGACUUUUCUUUCUUUGAAUCACAAUCUAGUAAAAAACAUCGAUCAGUUUUAGAAGCCAAGGAAAUCAUUAAUUUGACUGAUAGUUGCAACACCAACGAUUUUUGCGAAGAUUCUUCAAAUUCUCGAAAAAAUUCAGAAAGUGAUACUAAUAAUUGCAAGUUGAAUGUAAAUAUGUCAGAGUUAGGAAGCUUUUUUGACGAAGAGUUGCUAAUGAGUCCGACAUUUCCCCAAGUGGAUAACCGUAAAGUUAACAUGGAGGAAUCAUUGGUAGAUAUUGCAAAGUCAAAAAGAAAAAUAGUGAAAGAGUCUGAAGUAAUGAGUAGAAAUAGUGCUUCAGUUAAUGAGGGGCGUUUAUUAAGCCAAAAAAUAGUUCAGAUGCAUCGUGAAAACCACAAUUUUAAUGCACACAAGAUUCAUAAAGUUUCUGAGUCUGAAAGGGAGCAGAAAAACGACUCAGACAUACCUGAAUCAAUGGAUUUCUUACAAUUUAUGGAAGACGAUAAUUUUAAGCUACCAAGUAUAUCAAACAACAAAAAUUUCGACAUACCAGACCCACUAAGUUGGGAAUUUAAUGGCAAACAUCCAGCUAUCAAUGUCUUAAAUACUCAAAAUGACAAAACCGUACAAAAAUCGUUGAGUGUGUCAACUUUUAAUAUCGAAAACGUCCAAAAAACUGAGUCCUCCCAAGCAUCUAUAACGCAGCUUAUUUCUUUAGUUAAUAAACCAACUCAAAUGAAUAGUUCGUCUCAGAAAGAAAACCUCGAACAUUCUGAUGUUGAAAAUGAUUCUUUCAUCUUUACUUUUAAUACAAAGAAAUCAAAAAGGACCAAAAACACUUCAAGUUCCAGUGAAAAAUCCUUAAACAGUUCAAUAAAAGCAAACAUAAAUGAACACAACAAUAAUUCUUCUAUAAAUACAACACUUGGUUCUAAAUCAGCGGAUUCUACUAAAGACCUUUUGGAUAAUUCAGCGAUUGUAAGUCCAAAAACUGUGGCUUUAAGCGACCGCACCAAAAAAAUACUAAGUUCUGCGAAUACUUCUUUCAAUACUUCCAACAGCGAUGAUGAAUUCGAGACGAAACCGCCAAGUACUGGUUGGAUUCGUACUAGACCUUUAGUAACGAAGAGGCCUAUAUUGAACAAUUCAGACGACGAGUUCGAGUCAAAAGAAGAUAGUUCCGUGUUUGUUAAACCUAAGCCGGUGAAAAGAAUGAGGGUUGAAAAAGAAGAGGGCAGCAGAAAUCAAGCUAGAGGUGUAAGAAGUAGGCCAAAAAGUAGAAAGUUGGUAAACCAAUUCAUAGAAAACGAAGCUGAAUUAUCAAUUUGCGACGAAAUAAAUGUCUCGGACGAUGAAGCUGACGAAUUCUUAAGUCAAGACAACUACGAUGCUAGUUUCGUCGCGGAUGAAACGCAUGAUGUUGAUACACAAAUGCAUGCAGUCUAUUUGAAGUCAGUCAGGAGUCCGAGAAAUAUUCCUGGAAGAUUUAAAAUCCCAGAACGGUUCAAAAAUAACAUAGACAUCUUUUCACAACAGGUUAAUAGUGAAGAAGACGAAAUUGAUUCAGAUGAUUCGUUUGUAGUAAUGGAUGAAACCAUAGAGGCGCGCCAAGAACUCUCUCAACUAGAAAUUUUAGAAAAACAAUUGGAAAUGCAGAAACGGAGGAAGCCAAUGCCUCACGGUAUUAAAAAACCGACUAAACGAAGAAGAAUAAUCGUUAGUAGUGAUAGUGAAUGAAAUUAUGUAUAUAUGAAAUACAUUUUAGAUCUACAUUGAAUCCAGGUGCUUGAAAAGGCUUAAGAGAUUGAAAAACCGAAGAUCUGCAUUGCUGUUGGUUUCUAAACGAGAUCAAGUAGAAGCUUGUGGAUUAUCAUAAUAGUUGAGCUCCGAAUAUAUUUUUUAAGUUAAUCAAAAUCUUCAGAUUUGGGAAAUUGAAGUUACUUGAAUGAUCUGCAUAUUGUGAAUAUAUUAUUUUUACUCUUUCUUCUAAACGAGAUCAAAUAGGAGCUUAUGAAUUAUCAUAAUAGUUGAGCUCCGAAUAUAUUUUUUAAGUUAAUCAAAAUCUUCAGAUUUGGGAAAUUGAAGUGACUUGAAUGAUCUGCAUAUUGUGAAUAUAUUAUUUUUACUUAAAUUAUAUUUUUUAUUCUUUUUGUAUUAUAUAUAAAUAUAAGUAAACUGCAUUUGUUUA